GUGACCCAUUCAGCCCCCGCUUUAUAAGUAUGCCUCUACCUGCUAGUUCCUUAUUUUUCUUUUAUUUUUCAAGUGAGGUUGAAAAGGCAACAUGCAGUCUGUGCUUUUUUGGAGUUCAUACUUUUUGGUGGUUUUAAGCCAAUUUUCCUUUCUAUACGGUGCUCCGGCUGAAUCUCAGUGCCCUAACAGCAAUCUAGAUAUCACUGGGGGCAGAUACAUCCUCUCCAAUUUGUAUAAUGAUGGUAGUAUACUAAGAUACGUCUGCCCAGAAGGUUUUUAUCCACAUCCUGUAAAAAAGCGUGAAUGUGACAGAGGCCAGUGGGUUCCCAAAGUCAACACAAAACCUCCAGUGUGCAAGAAGGUCACAUGUCCUAAUCCAAAUGUUCUGGAGAAUGGAGUUGUGCACCCUUUUAAUAAGUUGUACUACGUGAAUGACACAACCACCUAUAGGUGUCAUUCUGAUUACACAUUUCGAGGAUCUGCCACCCGUGUGUGUCAGGCCAAUGGGAAGUGGAGUGGUGGCACACCAAUUUGUAGUCGUAACACUGAUCACUGCCCAGACCCUGGCACUCCACCUGGGGCCAGCAGACAAGGUCACAUUUUCAACAUUGAUGACAAAGUUACCUACACCUGUGAUAAGAAUCUAAAACUAAUAGGUUCCAAAGUGCGUGUGUGUCAGGAUGGAGGCUAUUGGUCAGGGAAAGAGCCGGAGUGCUAUGCUGAUUUCACGUACGACACUCCUGGAGAAGUAGCGGAGGCUUUUAGCAGUUCUCUAAAGACUACUAUAACCUUGCAUGAGGAAUCAGGUCAAGCUGGAAAGAAAAUACGUUUGGACCAGGGAGGAAAUCUUGACAUCUACAUUGCCCUGGAUGCAUCUGACAGCAUAGAUGAAAAAGACUUUAAUAAGGCAAAGGAUGUCAUUAAGAAGCUCAUAACAAAGAUAAGCUAUUAUGAGGUCUCUCCAAAUUAUGAAAUCAUCAUUUUUGCCACAGAUGUGACAAAAAUUGUUAGUAUUACUGAUUACAAGAGGGGUAAUGAAACGAAGUUAAUGGACAUUCUCACAUUGUUAGAGCGUUAUAAAUAUGAUGAUAAAGGAGAGAAAACAGGAACCAACAUUCGCAAAGCUUAUGAAGCUAUACUAAGGAGCAUCAGUUUCGAGAAGGCACAAAAUAAGACAGCCUUUGACAAGACACAGCACGUCAUAAUCAUGUUCACUGAUGGUAUUGCCAAUAUGGGAGGAAACCCCAAACCUGUUGUUGAGGAAAUCAAGCAAACAGUAUACAGUGGAGAUAUGAAACGGGAUGAAUAUCUUGAUAUUUAUGCAUUUGGAGUGGGUCAGGAUGUUGAGAAAGAGAAAAUUGACGAGUGGGUGACAAAAAGAGAUAACAACGAGAAGUUUUUUUUCAUACUUCCAGACAUGGACACAGUUGGAGAGACAUUAGAUGAAAUGAUUGAUGAGAGCACUAGUAUGUCUCUGUGUGGACUCUACAAAGACUACUAUGACUCUGAGUCUAAAUCAAGUAUGCGUCUCACGUACCCCUGGCUGAUAAAGAUAUCUAUAACUCAUGACAAUGGCCAGUCAAACUGUAUAGGAUCAUUAGUCACUCCCAGGUUUAUUCUAACUGCUGCCCAUUGCUUCAGGUUUGAUGAUAGUCCUGAAAAAAUUCUACUUUCAGCACCCAAUUCUAAAGAUACCAAAUUACCAGAGGUGGAGACUUUCUUACUUCAUCCUGACUACAAUACCCGGCAGAAGGAGGCAGCGGGAAUAUCGGAGUAUUAUGAAUAUGAUGUGGCUCUCAUUCAGUUAAAGAGCGGUGUGAAAAUCAGUCCUGACCUCAGAGCUAUUUGUAUUCCCUGCACUGAGGAGACGAAUGGGGCUCUGCAACUGUCUGCCAGUGAUGCGACUUGUGAAAAACAUAGGGAAGUGCUAUUGAACAGUGAUCUUGUGAAGGCAAAUUUCAUAACACAUAAUAUUGAAAAGACCAAAAAGCCAAAAAAAAAUGUCCAAAUCCGGCAGGGGCAACAGAGAGAUGAAUGUGUUCAACAGGCUGAAAAGAUAUUAAAAAUCGGAAAAGAAACUGCAAAGGACAUGAUUACAGAGAACUUUUUAUGCACUGGUGGAGCUUCACAAAAUUACAUAGAUGAUGUUACUUGCAAAGGCGACUCCGGCGGUCCUACUUUUGUGGAAAAAAAUCGUUUGAUCCAGCUUGGAGUCAUCAGCUGGGGUCUGAAGGAUAUAUGUGUUACUGGUGGGGAUUCUACUGAAACCAGAGACUUCCACACAAACCUCUUCAGUCCAAAAGUGCAAGACUUCCUUAAAAAAUACCUGGGCAAUGGGGACAUUGAUACACCUUUAAACUUUUUAUAAAGGUUCAAUGGAUGACUAUUUACAUUUUCUGUAAACAUUUAAUUAUUUACUGUUUGCUUCUCUACUUAAUAGCUACUUAAUGCCAUUAGAGAUUUUCUUAUCAAUGUAUUCAACAUUAAGGACAGUAUGACAAUAAAAUUUUGUAGGUUUA